UAAGGUAACAUACCCACAUGUUUGCUUUAUUUCACAACUAUGGUUACUUUUGCACUAAAGUGAACGGCAAAUAGCUAAAUGCAGUGGGCGCUAACAUUAAAUCAACACGAGCGCAGCUAGUUUAGCAAAGCUAAUCCAACGUCUGACUGUGCUGUAAUAUUAAUCUUUCGGAUACAUUCUGGUGCGGUGUGUUUAGUUGCUGCACAUUUCUCUCCUGACAGCGUUUUUACGUAACAACCGAGGUUGAGGAGUAGAGAUGGAGACCAGUGAAGAUGGAGGGCUCAGCGUCGGGGGCUCUGUGGGAGAGGAGAACUACUUCCUUGGAUACACGUUCACCGACCGCUCUCACUCAAGUCGUGUUGUGAAGAGCAUCAUGGACUUGUGUCUGGAGGAUGGGCUGUUUGCUGAUGUCACAAUCACCGUAGAUGGCAAAGAGUUUAAUCUGCAUCGCCUGGUGCUGUCGGCACAAAGCAGUUUCUUCCGCUCAAUGUUUACUUCCAACCUCAAGGAGUCCCACAAUCGCAGCAUUGAGCUGAAGGAUGUUGGCGCCACUGUCUUUCAGCUGCUGAUUGACUACAUCUACCACGGUACAAUAAAACUAAGUGUGGAGGAGCUGCAGGACACGUAUGAGAUGGCUGACAUGUACCAGCUGACUGCCCUGUUUGAGGAAUGUUCCCGCUUCCUGUCACGGACAGUGGAAAUCAAAAACUGUCUACAAGUGAUGUGGCUUGCAGACAGACACAGUGACCAGGAGCUGUACACGUCAGCCAAGCAGUGUGCAAAGAUCCACCUUGCUCAGCUGCAUCAGACUGAAGAGUAUCUCAACCUGCCUCUGGGUCUGCUCUUAGACAUCAUCAAGGAUGGUGUUCCAAGCUCCCAGAAUCCAUCGGUGGCCAUCGAAUCGUGGAUAAACCACAACAAGGUUGAGAGGGAGGAGUUCUCCAGCAUCCUUAAAGAAAAUCUUAAGGAAAUUGGUGAGAAUGUCCACAUCUACCUGAUUGGUAAGGAGGAGACGAGGACUUACUCUCUUGCUGUCUCACUGCACUGUGAUGAAGAUGAUGCGAUCAGCGUGAGCGGCCAGAACAGUCUGUGCCAUCAGAUCACCGCCGCCUGUAAACACGGCAGCGACCUGUACGUAGUGGGGGGGUCCAUCCCUCGUCGCAUGUGGAAAUGCAACAUGCACACUAUGGACUGGGAGCGCUGUGCGCCUCUGCCCAGAGACCGCCUCCACCACACCAUGGUUUCUGUCUCCUCCCAGGAUGCUAUCUACUCUCUUGGAGGUAAGACGCUGCAGGACACGCUCUCCAACGCCAUCAUCUACUACACAGUGAAGGACAACAUGUGGACAGAGACUAACCAGUUGGACACUGCUGUGUCCGGGGCAGCUGGUGUUAACCUGGGAGGCACCAUCUACCUGCUCGGAGGGGAGGAGAACGACAUGGAUUUUUUUACAAAGCCGUCUCGCCUCAUUCAGUGCUUUGACAGCUCAUCUCAGAAGUGCCAGAUCAAACCCUACAUGCUGCCUUUCGCCGGCUGCAUGCACGCCACCGUCCACAUGGAUGUGAUCUUCAUCGUGGGGGAAGGAGACUCCCUGGUGUGCUACAACCCUCUCCUGGAGAGCUUCACACGCCUGCGUUUCCCCGAGGUGUGGAGCUGUGUCCCGUCGCUGUGGAAGGUGGCCAGCUGUAAUGGCUGCAUAUACGUCUUCAGAGACAAAUGCAAGAAAGGUGACGCGAACACGUUGAAGUUUAACCCAGCCACAUCUGUGGUUUCGGUUAUUAGAGGGAUAAAAAUCCUCCUCACAAACUGGCAAUUUGUCUUGGCCUAACCUCUGGGUUUUCACUCGCACUCUUGGUGAAACCGGUAACCAACGUUGUGGAUUUCAAUCCUUCCGUAAGGAAAUUUAGCUGCGUCACUCAUUCCCUCCAAGCAAGAACAGUUGGGUCCUGUCUGUUACUUGCUUCUGUUCCAGUGUGCCAUAGUCGAUCUCUGAGGAGUAAAUCUGUGCUGAUGCUGUGACCAGUGAGCUGUGGUUUCCUGUAUGCUGCUCGUGUACCAACGUGCAUGAACCACUUUAGUGUAAACACUAUAUGAAGCAGCCUUUGCUAGCCUGUGAUCGUCUUGUUCAGAUUUAAACAAGAAAUGUGAGUCUGUGUCUGUAAACAAAAUAUCAAAGGACGUUUUGUAGUUUUUUAAUUUUUACAAUAUUUUUAUGUACGCUGUAAACGAGUUGUUCUGUGAAAUGUUUAAAUAUAUGUCUGUAGCUACAAA